UUUAUAUAAAGCAGUUUAACAUUCUCUUUGGUGCUGAUACCUUGUUGGAGGCAGUGUAACUUUUAUAUCCACAAAUCAGUAUGGAACUUCUGCACAUUGCUUUCUUUAUCAUUCAACUGUUAUAUGUUAAUACUGAUUCACCACCAAUACCAUUACUUAAGUCACAUCCAGAUAUUGCACUUGAGCCUAUCUCUUGUGAUGAUCCAGACGUUCUAGCUGGUGUAGAUUUCUCUCUUCGUAAAUUAAAUGCCAACCUGACAAGUGGUCAUAAAUUUGCUCUUCACUAUGUCUUCAGGGCUAGAGCAAAGGAAUUACAAGGAAAAAUAUAUAGUAUUGAUUAUUUUAUCCAAGAAACAGAUUGCCCUGUUGGAAAUGAAACAAUCUGGAAAGAAUGCAACAUUAGACCACGUGCAGAAGCUACUAUGGGUCACUGUAAGUUGAAAACGUUCAUCGAAAAACUCAGAGAAAAAGCUGAAAUAACUGAAUAUAACUGCACAAUAAAUUCAGGGAAUAGGCCAAGACCUCCAUGUCCUGGAUGUCCAAGACAUCAGCUAGACCACCCCAAAUUAAAUGAAAUAAUUGCUCUUGCUGUAGCAAAGUUUAACACAGAGAGCAACUAUACAAAUUACUUUCAGCAUGACAUUGUAUUCACGUUCACUUAUCAGGUGGUGGCUGGAAUGAAGUAUGAAUUGAAGUUUACAAUUCAGGAAACUGAAUGCAGCAAGGAGGAUUCCAAUAUUAGAGCUGCCAAUUGUGAUGCAAAGGCUGACGGUGAAAAAAUGUUCUGCCACUCAGAAGUAAUAACGCAGAUUUGGAUGAAUUACACAGCGGUGGAUAUAACCUGUACCUAUGAGCCAUUUCCGACACCAAUGUUUGAUGCAUUUCAAUACGUGGGUUGGGGGCCAUUUGGUGUCUCAGAAUUACUACAGGAACAAACGGAACAAGUCACAGAUCGUCUGGUAUUUCCUAAAUGCCCAGGAAAGACAUGGAAGCCCUUGCCAAAGAUUUAACCAAUACUUAUCAGAGUCUUCGAAACACCAUGAAAGCAACCAACCUUGAUUGACUGGACUUUGUUUCAUUUAUUCCUUGUCAUUUUGGCAGUCAGAGAUUGGACCAAAUUCUCACAUUGUUAUGAUUAAGGGUAAGAGCCAAACCAAAUCUGUCUUUCUAUUGCUGGAUUCACAACAUGGUGAAAUUAAAAUAUUCAAUGAUCUAGUAAUUACCAAAUUGUUCCUGAUUAAACUUUUACUAAUAAUAGAUCUUGGAGACCGAGUUUAUAAUGUAAACAAAAGUUACUCGAUUAAUAUUUCUAUUUUAGUAGGACAAAGCUAAACAACAAGGUAAUCUGACUAAUAUGUAUAAUUUAAACAAUUCUGUCACAUCCCUACUUACAGUCAGGCAGAAUGACUGUCACAUUUAAGGGAUAAAUUAAGAAGAUAACAAAAGGAUAUAUAAUGUCAAUUCAAACACAACAAUUUCAAUCAAUGGAUGCUAAGCCUUCAUGUAAUCCUUGGAAAAUAAGCUAAUCACAAACAUGUAACUGUGUACCUAAUUUCAAAGUCACCACAGAAUGUGAGUAAUUGUAUUAUGCUUCCAAUACUAGGUAUUUAGUUCUUACAGACUAUGAUUCAUUUCUCAGAACAUUCAACAAUUCUUUAACUUGAUAUAAAACUAGAGAGUGAAAAAAAGCAGCAGCCAAUCCUUCUAAAAUCAUUCUGCAUCUGGCAAAACCAUUUAAAACUGAUUUACUUAUCUCUUCUUUUUUAAAAAACAAAAUCAAUAAUCUUUGUAGUUUUCUGGUUAACAUCAAUACUCCUUUGACUGAGCAGCUCAACCCCUACCUAGCUGCCGGCCCUGGACAUGGCAACAUAUGGUGUCACAUUGUCCAGUGUUCCUUAGAUUAGAAAUUAAAUUGCAUUAUCUUCCAGGCCAGCCACCAACAGCAAUAUUCAUGUUGGUUUUCUUCUCUUUCUAAAGCUUGCAGCUGUUCAAACUUCAACCUCAAUUCUACCAGAAUUAAAACAAUGAAAAAUAAAAGAAUAAUGAGCAUCUCAAUGCCAUCAGGUUAAGUUUGGACUUUGUUGCUUGGGUGCUGGCAAAAAUAUAGCAAAUACCUCUAGCUUAUUUGAUUAAUUCCUCAUAGUUGCUUUUGAUUUGCAUAAACCUCAUCAUGCGUAUACAUAAAAUAAUUUCACAUAAAUAAUCAUGGAUUUGACACGCUUUCAGGAUUACGACUGCGAUGAAAAUGAUUAUAUUGUAAAAUGUGGAACAGUGCAGAAUAAUGGAACAACAGGUGUCAUUGCACAGUAUAACGAAUAGGUUAAUGUGCUACCUUAUAGUCCACUUCAGAAAUGCUUAUCAGUCACAAAGUAAAAUAAAGAGAAUCAUUGAUAAUAUAAA